AUGCAGCUAACACGUAUAUUAACAAUUGUAUUCUUUCUUGGCCUUUUUUUAACUAUUGUCCUAUCGGAUUUAAUACAAUCGGACAUAAAUAACAAUGAUCAUGAUUUAAGCAAUGACAAUCAUAUUAUAUCCCGACGAAGUAUAUUUCGCCAUAAACAUCAGCAUAAUUCGGGACAACCACGUCGAUGUGUUCGCUGUAAACUUAGUCUUGCUCGUUGUUGUUCACCAAAUAUUUGUGUUAAAAAACAUUUUCGAAUGGAUAAAUGUCUUCGUGUAAAAGGUUAA